UAGUCUUAAAAAUAAAAGGGCAUAUUAGUCACUUCAGUUGAAGUCUGCGACUCUGACUCGCCAUAAUGUCAGACCCGUUAUCGUAAUUUUCCACUCAAUUGCCACAUUUAAAACACAGCAUUCCCUCUCAUCCUUCCCUCCCCCAACGCUGUUUCUCCUAACUCUUUAAAAAGGCAGAGCAAAACAGAACAGUUAAAACAAAAAGAACAAGAAAAAUGGCUCCACUGAAAGCGGCGCAAAGCUUUCCAUCGAUAACGGAAUGCGACGGUUCUACGUACGAAUCGAUCGCCGCUGAUCUCGAUGGCACGCUUUUAAUCUCUCGAAGCUCUUUUCCUUACUUCAUGCUCGUCGCCGUGGAAGCGGGAAGCCUCUUUCGAGGUCUUAUCCUUCUUCUCUCUCUGCCUCUGAUAAUUAUUUCUUAUCUCUUCGUUUCCGAAGCUAUUGGUAUCCAAAUCCUCAUUUUUAUCUCCUUCGCUGGACUCAAGAUCCGCGACAUCGAGCUCGUCUCCCGCGCUGUUCUUCCCAGAUUUUAUGCUGCGAAUGUGAGGAAGGAAAGUUUCGAAGUGUUUGACAGAUGCAAGAGGAAGGUGGUGGUGACGGCGAAUCCGACAUUCAUGGUUGAGCCGUUUGUGAAGGAUUUUCUAGGUGGAGAUAAGGUUUUGGGCACGGAGAUUGAAGUGAACCCUAAAACAAAGAAGGCCACGGGGUUUGUCAAGAAGCCAGGGGUUUUAGUAGGAAAGUUGAAGAGAUUGGCCAUUUUCAAGGAGUUCGGUGAUGAAUCACCUGAUCUUGGAAUCGGAGACCGUGAAUCUGAUCACGAUUUCAUGUCAAUUUGCAAGGAGGGUUACAUGGUGCACCCUAGUAAGUCAGCAACACCGGUACAACUGGAUCGUUUAAAAAGCCGCAUCAUCUUUCAUGAUGGUCGCUUUGUUCAGCGCCCGGACCCACUCAAUGCCUUAAUCACUUAUAUUUGGCUGCCAUUUGGCUUCAUCCUAUCCAUCAUUCGAGUUUACUUCAAUCUACCUUUACCAGAGCGUAUUGUACGCUACACAUACGAAAUGCUGGGUAUCCACCUCGUGAUCCGUGGGAAGAGACCUCCCCCACCAUCUCCUGGGACUCCAGGUAACCUCUACGUCUGCAAUCACCGUUCAGCUCUUGAUCCAAUUGUGAUCGCCAUCGCACUCGGACGCAAAGUUUCGUGUGUUACAUACAGCGUAAGCCGUCUCUCGAGGUUCCUUUCCCCAAUCCCAGCGAUUGCUUUAACUCGUGAUCGUGCGGCUGAUGCUGCCCGAAUUUCAGAACUAUUACAAAAAGGUGAUUUAGUGGUGUGUCCAGAGGGGACCACGUGCCGCGAGCAGUUCUUAUUACGAUUCAGUGCUUUGUUUGCAGAAAUGAGCGAUAGGAUAGUGCCCGUGGCGGUCAAUUGCAGGCAAAACAUGUUUUAUGGGACGACCGUGAGAGGGGUCAAAUUUUGGGACCCUUAUUUUUUCUUCAUGAAUCCUAGGCCAACAUACGAGGUCACUUUCCUUGAUCGAUUGCCGGAGGAGAUGACGGUGAAGGCCGGAGGGAAAUCGGCUAUUGAGGUGGCUAAUCACGUGCAGAAGGUGCUGGGUGAUGUCCUGGGGUUUGAGUGCACUGGAUUGACAAGGAAGGAUAAAUAUAUGUUGCUUGGGGGAAAUGAUGGUAAGGUUGAAUCGAUUUACAAUGCAAAGAAAUAAUUUCGGUUGUCGCAUCUUGGUGUUGUGCUAUGGGAUUUUCUUAAAAACAUUUGGAUUUAUAGAGUGAGGGGCUUAGUUACUCUGUUAUUUUUCUAAAGUCAUCGUGGGAGGAACUAAUUUGGGUUGAGAUAUUACUUAAAAAAAAAGUCUACAGGGUUUUAUGGAGUAUUUGUUAAAUGUGUAAUUGUUUAGACUUUCGGAUAUUUUUCAUAUAAAUGUUGGUAACGUUUUAUGGAUUAUUUACCAUCGUCAUGAUGAAAUUAUAUAUGACAAAUUUUAGUUGCUCCACU